AUGGCAGUUUGUUCACACUUAAACUUUAACUACGAGGACUACAUUGAGGAGCCUUACAAGCUUUCGAGGUAUGCUGAGUCUUACGCUCCUCAAUUUCAGCCAAUCCCGCAUGAAGAUUACUGGAUCGCUCACCCAAACUUACCUAUAUUGCACCCUGAUCCAACAUUAUUGAGAUUGCCUGGACGACCAAGGAGCUCGCGUAUUCAUAACGAGAUGGAUUGGAGAGAACCAAGUGUUCAACAGAGAUGCGGGCUUUGUAAUCAACUUGAGUUAGUUUGGCAAGGUCAGUGUAACGAGGAGUUGCACUGCCGACGUAGAGAGGCGGUAUUUGAUCGUACCAUCCCAUUGCAUCCUUUAAUUGAACCUGCAUUACGCGCUUCUGGAUUUUACGGAUUCGCCAGAUUGGGAUUCAUCCAAUUAGAUUGGCAUUUCAUUACUGCGCUUGUGGAACGGUGGAGGCCAGAGACUCAUACAUUCCACAUGCCUGAUGGAGAGUGUACUAUCACUCUAAAAGAUGUAGCGGUGCAGCUUGGGUUACCAGUAGACGGCGAGCCUGUUACAGGUCGCGUUGAUUAUGAUUGGAGAGGCACCUGUCAAGCAUUACUUGGGGUGACUCCAGGUGCUGCGCACAUCAGAGGCUCUAAGCUGAGUCUACCUUGGCUAGCUUCUCAAUUUUGUAAUCUAGCCGACGAUGCUGAUGAGGAAACCAUUGCCAGAUACGCUCGUGCCUAUAUUAUGCAGCUUAUCGGUGGUAGUCUAUUCGCCGAUAAGUAUAACAACUUGGUGCAUUUAAUGUUUCUCCCGCUAUUAGCCGAUUUCGAGGUAGCUGGACGUUUCAGUUGGGGUGGAGCAUGUUUGACGUGGUUGUAUCGAAAUCUGUGCAAAGUGUGUCGCUCUGACUCUCGUGACAUUGCUGGUCCAAUUAUACUUCUACAAGUAUGGGCUUGGGAUCGAUUCCCCACGAUGGCUCCACAACGUCGUCACAUCUCAGAUCACGAUCUCGUGGGUCGACCAUUAGCUGCCCGGUACAUCGAUAUAAAUAUUGUCCUAUUUUUCUCUUAA